AUGUCCGUCAAGACCGUAGGCUAUAUCGGCCUUGGGAAGGCUGGGGCGUCGAUGGCCGCCAAUAUACCACGAGCAGGGUUCAAGCUGGUCGUGCGUGACGCCGACUCUGCUCGCGAGAAGAAAUUCGCCGUAGAGAACCCCAAUACCACAGUGGCCGAGGAAGGAGUGUCGGGGUUUAUAGACUGCGAUGUCGUGGUGACAAUGUUACCACAAGGGAAGGUCGUGAGGGACGUUAUCUUGGGCGAGAAGGGAAUUGCUAAGGGUCUCAAGCCCGGUACCAUAAUUGUCGAUACCUCAUCCUCUUCGCCGUUUGACACGCAAAGCCUUGGAAAGGACCUGGAAGCCCAAGGAUUUCUAUUAGUUGACUCGCCCGUCACGCAAGCACAUCUCCACGACACAGACACCGGCGAUGCGACACUCAUGGUAGGUUCGAACUCUCAGGAAGCCAUUGAUAAAGUUUUGCCUGUACUUCAAGCCAUGGCGAAAUAUGUCUUCCAUAUGGGAAAGCUUGGAUCUGGGCAUGUGAUGAAGACGCUCAACAACUACACCAGUGCAGCCUCAAUUAUCGCACUUUCCGACGCACUUGUGACGGGGCAAAAGUUCGGCCUCGACCCAGUGCAAAUGAUCGACGUGCUCAAUGUCGGUACCGGCCGAAACUUCUCGACGUCGGAUAGCUAUGCUACAGACGCUUUACCAAGAAAAUACGCAUCGGGAUUUCAACUUGCCUUGUUGAUCAAGGACGUGGGGAUAUCCAAGGAGGUUUUUGAGAAGCUGGGAUUCGACACCGACAUGCCUGAUCUGAUUCUGAGGUACUUUAAGGAAGCUGCCACGAUCGUAGAGCCCGACGCGGAUCACACUGAAUUGCUCAAAAGUUGGGAGAAGAGAGCUGGGUUGGAGCUGAAGAGAGGAACUCCCGAUGGUUCGACAGUGACGGCGUCAAAAAAAUAA